AAUAUCACUACCGAAUUUUACGUUUGGCUUUGACCUCGUCUGUGUGAAACCCGUGGCCCUUGAGCCAACCCCGACAGGAGAAUGUUCCCUCGUUUUACUGGCGUUUAACGGCUCUCAGAUGUUGCCGCCCGACAGCCUUUCUCGGUUAGUGUUCGUGCCUGCUCACUGUGCAAGCCAGUGAAUGCACCCCUACUGAGCUCUUGGAGCACUCUAAUAGGUCUACUGAGGGAAUUGGAGGCGGGAGCAUUUGAUGUGAGUGGUGGAACCGAUGUCAAUCUGUUGCGAUUACGCCCGCCCGCUCGCCCCCUCCCCGCUCCCUCCACUCUCCUCUGAUCUCCUAGCACUCAACGUGACAGACGCUCACAGGAAAGCUGUGUUUUGGGUGAGCGUCGAAGCGCGUUUGCAUGCACGUAUGAUGACAGGAUGUAGCGGUUGAAAUAGAGGAAAAGAAAACCGUGUUGUCUAAGAUAUUGCGAUGUGACAAACGGCUAGCAUAAAAAUGACUCUGACAAGCGCGAGGGCCGGAGCGGAGUGUACGGACGGCAGGUCAUGACGGCAGACCGGAUCAACCCGACUGCUCGCUGCAGUUGCGCUUUUGUUUAAUGCAACAGUGGAUUUUUACGAUUUUACCAAACUCCCAGAAAUAGUUGCAAUACUUUCCAACUAACCUGCAAGCCUUGGAAAGCGGCGGCAUGGCGAGCCAAAACGACUGCUCUGUGAAGGUUUCUUUAAGGAUUCGUCCCCAGAUGGCAAAGGAACAGAUGGAGGGCUGCCAGGUGUGCACGCUGGUGACCCCAGGCGAGCCCCAGGUGCUGCUGGGGAAGGACAAGGCCUUCACCUACGACUACGUGUUUGACAGGGAGUCUUCGCAAGACUCCAUCUACCAGGCCUGCGUCCACAAACUGAUUGAGGGAUGCUUCCAGGGGUACAACGCAACCGUCCUUGCCUACGGACAGACGGGCUCAGGAAAGACCUACACCAUGGGGACAGGCUUCGAGGUCGGUGUGUGUGAGGAGGAGCAGGGCAUCAUCUCACGGGCAGUAAAGCAGCUGUUCCAGGGCAUUGAGCAGCGCUGUGCCCACGCCCACGAGACACACACUCCCCCGCCACAGUUUAAAGUCAGUGCCCAGUUCCUAGAGCUGUACAAUGAGGAGAUCCUGGACCUGUUUGAUGGGGCUCGGGAGCCGGACUGUCGCAGCAGGAAGUCCAGCAUCAAGAUCCACGAGGACGCCAGUGGCAGCAUCUACACCACCGGAGUCACCUCCAGACUCGUCUGCUCCGAGGACGAGAUGCUGCAGUGUCUGAAGCUCGGUGCUCUGUCCAGGACCACGGCCAGCACCCAGAUGAACGCCCAGAGCUCGCGCUCCCAUGCCAUCUUCACCAUCCACCUCUGUCAGAUGAGGGUCUGCCAGACAGCACUGGAGGGUGGGGGAGAGAGCGGGGAGGUGAGCACUGGAGAUUCCUCCUCCCUGGCCCAGCCUGAGUAUGAGACACUGAUGGCGAAGUUCCACUUUGUGGACCUGGCAGGUUCUGAGAGGCUGAAGAGGACCGGGGCCACUGGGGAGAGAGCCAGGGAGGGCAUCUCCAUCAACUGUGGUCUGCUGGCUCUGGGGAAUGUGAUCAGUGCUCUGGGAGACCAGACCAAGAGAGGGGGACAUGUUCCCUACAGAGACUCCAAACUCACACGACUGCUGCAGGAUUCUCUAGGAGGCAACAGCCAGACUCUGAUGAUAGCUUGUGUGAGCCCGUCAGACCGGGACUUCAUGGAGACCCUUAACACACUGAAGUACGCUAACCGGGCCAGGAACAUCAAGAACCGGGUGGUGGUGAACCAGGACAAGACCAGUCAGCAGAUCAGCUCCCUGCGGGCGGAGAUAGCAUGCCUGCAGAUGGAGCUGACGGAGUACAAGGCGGGGAAGCGCACGGCGGGCGAUGACGGUGAGGACGGUCUGAGCGAUCUGUUCCAGGAGAACACCUUGCUGCAGCGCGACUGCAACACACUGCGCAUGCGCGUCAAGGCCAUGCAGGAAACCAUUGACCACCUCAACACACGCGUCACACAGCUCCUGACUAACGAAGUGGGAGCUCUGCUCACCAAGUCAGGUGAGGGUAACAAGGAGAUUGGGGCGCUCGUUCAAAACUACAUCCGAGAGAUUGAGGAGCUUCGGUCCAAGCUCCUGGAGAGCGAGGCUAUGAACGAGUCACUCCGUCGCAGCGUAUCUCGUCUCUCCUCCCGCUCACCCUUCCCCCCCUCCCACGGCCCCUCCCCUGGCCACCCGCCUGGCCCCUCCCCCUGCAGGUCCAUGGAGGCGGAGAUGACGGACGUGAUUCGCCGCGCCAAGCUGGACAUCGAGAGACUGAAGAAGAAGGAGAGGAGGCAGAGGAGGAUGAGCCCUGAGCUGGAGAAAGGACUGAAGAAACGAGUGAAGCUGCACUCUACCGAGAACGGGGAGGAUGGACAGAAUGGGGAGGUUGAUUCAGACGACUAUGUAGAGGAUGUGAUGUCUCCCCUCCAGGAGGAAAGUGGCUGUGAAGAAGACGAGGAGGACGAGGAGGAGGGGAGGGACGAGGAGGAGUUUGACAGCGACGAGAGCCUGGUUGACUCUGACUCCGACACGGACGACAAAGCCAAUUUUCAGGUGGACCUGGCUGACCUGACGUGUGAGAUUGAGAUCAAGCAGAAGCUGAUUGAUGAGCUGGAGAACAGCCAGCGUCGGCUGCUGCAGCUGAAGCUGCAGUACGAGGAGAAGCUGGUCUUGCUGCAGAACAAGAUCAGAGAUACGCAGCUGGAGAGAGACCGUGUGCUGCAGAACCUCAUGUCCAUGGAGAACUACACGGAGGAGAAGGCCAGCCGGAUCAAGUGUGAGUACGAGAAGCGUCUGAAGGAGAUGAACCGGGACCUGCUGAAGCUGCAGGCCGCGCAGAAGGAGCAUGCACGCCUGCUGAAGAACCAGGAGCGCUACGAAAGGGAGUUGAAGAAGCUGCAGAAUGAGGUCAACGACAUGAAGAAGGCCAAGGUGACGCUGAUGAAGCAGAUGAAGGAGGAGCAGCAGAGGAGGAGGAUGGUGGAGGCCAAGAGGAACAGGGAGAUUGCCCAGCUCAAGAAGGAACAACGGCGACAAGAGUACCAGAUUCGUUCUCUGGAGUCCCAGAAGCGGCAGCAGGAGCUGGUCCUGCGCAGGAAGACCCAGGAGGUGACGGCCCUGCGACGGCUGGCCAAGCCCAUGUCGGAGCGGGCGGCGGGCCGGGUGGCGGGCAGGGCCGGGCGCCGUCCACAGCAGCUGGACUCCGGCACCGAGCUCUCGGCCAGCACCACCUCGUCGGAGACGGACACCAACAGGGGUGUUGGGGGCAGCAGCGUGUCCAGCAUUGUGAGACAAUGGAAUACCAAGUCCAAUGGGUUCGGCUACCAUGAUGACAGUGAGGGGACCACCAAUGGGACACGUGCAGUCAGGAAGAAAGCCCCUCAGAGGAAGGCAGUGCUUCCUGCUGGCAGCAGCUUCUCCAAGGUGGCUCGUCUAAAGUGGCAGAAGCUGGAGCGCCGGGUUCUGGACAUUGUGAUGCAGCGCAUGACUGUCGCAAACGUGGCGGCCGAUAUGGACCGUCUUAUUAAGAAGCGAGAGGAGCUGUCCCUGCAGCAGGACUCCCUGCUGUGCCGGCGGGAGGUCCUCAUGGCGGAGGGCGAGGAGCGACUCCUCCAGGAAGCCAACGAAGAGAUUGAGGUCCUCAAUGCCAACGUGGACUACAUCAACGACAGCCUGUCAGACUGCCAGGCCACCAUUGUCCAGAUAGAGGAGUCCAAGGAUGAGCUGGAUUCGGUGGACACGUCUGUGGUCAUUAGCUCCUGUUCCCUGGCCGAGGCACGCCACCUUCUGGAGCACUUUCUCAAGGCUUCCAUAGACAGGGGACUGCAGGUGGCCCAGAAGGAGGCUCAGAUCCGCCUGCUGGAGGGCCAACUCAAACAGACGGACGUGAUUGGUUCAGCCCACAACCACAUGAUCCUGGACGCGCUGCGGGAGAAAGCUGAGUGUAUCCCAGAGCUGCACGCACUCAUCCACAACGUACAGCAGGAGAAUGGGUACACCAGCACAGACGAGGAGCCAUCAGAGUUCAGCCAGGCCUCGGAGGGCAGUGUCUCCUACAUGAAGGAGUCUACCAGUCAUGAUGACUUCAAGCUGAAGGUGGAGCCCCGUCUCUCGGCCCAAAUGAAGGCCGUAUCGGCAGAGUACCUGGGCCCCGUGAUGGACCCCUCCACCAAGGCCAUCACCAAGUCACUGGCCUCCCUCACCGACAUCCAGGAGGGGGGCCUGGGGGGGCUGAGCCUCUCUGUGCUGGACCCCCUCUACAGGGACAGGGUGUCCCGCACAGUCAGCCUGCCGGUCAGGGGGCACACCUUUCCCAGGCAGUCCCGGGGGUCUGACACCUCCCCCGUGACCAGGAGGAAGUCAUAUGACCGUGGCCAGUCAUACAGGCCUCCUGACGGGGGCUGCACCCCCCCCUCCUCCCCCCCCCUCAGGCUACGCAACGACCGCAACGUCUUCUCCAGGCUCACCAGCAACCAGAACCAGGGCUCCGCGCUGGACAAGUCGGAUGACAGCGACUCCUCUCUCUCGGAGGUGCUCAGGGGGGUGAUCAGUCCCUUGGGGGGUCUGAAGGGGGGGCGGACGACGCCCCUGCAGUGUGUAGCCGCGGCUGAAGGACACUCCAAACCUGUCCUCUGUGUGGAUGCCACCGACGAACUGCUCUUCACCGGCUCUAAAGACCGUACCUGUAAGAUGUGGAACCUGGUGACAGGUCAGGAAAUCGUCACACUGAAGGGCCACCCCAACAAUGUGGUGUCUGUGAAGUACUGCUCCUCCUCCUGCCUGUUGUUCUCUGUCUCCACCUCCUACAUCAAGGUGUGGGACAUCCGCGAUUCCGCCAAGUGUGUCCGCACCCUCACUUCGUCAGGUCAGGUGGUGUCGGGGGAUGCGUGUGCUGGCUCCACCACACGCACCAUUACCUUCUCCCAGGGAGAGUACCAGAUCAACCAGAUCGCCCUCAACCCCUCCGGCUCGGUGCUGUAUGCUGCCGCUGGGACCUCUGUACGCUCCUGGGACCUCAACAGGAUGCAGCCAGCAGGGAAGCUGACAGGCCACACAGGCUCAGUCAUGUGUCUUACGGUGGGUCAGUCUCUCCUGGGGAAGGACCAGGUCAUCACCGGCUCGAAGGACCACUAUGUCAAGGUGUUUGACGUGGCGGAGGGCAUGCUGGGAAAUGUAGGCCCGGCUCACAACUUUGAGCCCCCGCACUACGAUGGCAUCGAGUGUCUGACUGUGCAUGGAGACAUGCUCUUCAGUGGUUCCCGUGACAACGGCAUCAAAAAGUGGGAUCUGGAACAGCAGGAGCUCUCACAGCAAAUCCCCAAUGCCCACAAGGACUGGGUGUGUGCCCUGGCCUUUGUGCCCGGCCGGCCCCUGCUGCUAAGUGCGUGCCGGGGGGGCAUGAUGAAGGUGUGGCACGUGGACAACUUCACGCCCAUAGGGGAGCUCCGGGGUCACGACAGCCCCAUCAACGCCAUCUGCACAAACUCCAGACAAAUCUUCACCGCUUCGAGUGACAUGACAGUGAAGAUCUGGACAGUGAAGAUGGAGAAGGCGACGGUCAACAGCGGCCAUCGUGUAGAUGUCAUCCGCAUGUGACUCCAUCUUGUCACCUCAGGCGUUCACACAUCAAGGCGAUGCAAAGUGUCAUUUUUUUUAUUUUGUGCUUUUUCUACUGCCAUUCCUACUUACAAAGUGCCAUUCUGGUUUGAACUGAUUUGAAUGAGAUGAAACCCCAUAAAUGGUUGCUCUCGAAGCAUUUAAAGUAAAGCAUCCUUUUUACUGAGUAAAACAAAACCAACAAGCAAAACAAAAUGUCCUUGAUCGACAUUCAUUGAUACAGCUGCUGACAGACUGAAGUAUUUCUGUUCCGUCAAAGAUAACACGUCCAUAACCUCAUCCUCAGGGAACGCCAUAUAUGAGCCAAUAGAAUUAGGAGGAGGAUUUCUGCAAGUGAUUUGAUCUCCAAUAGGUUGAUUACAGAGUCAAACGUGCUGAAGCCUGUGUUGGGGUUAGGGUUAGGUCUUGUGUUGGAAGCUCAGGGGAUGCUGGGUGCUUUAGGAUGGUGGCAGAAAUCACAAGGAUAUUAUAUAACACAACGAUAGAAACACUGUUCUGAUGUGUUUCUUCUGACCUCCUGUUCAACACUAACCCCUCCCAGCUCCACAACACUAACCCUGUGUGUCUAUGUUUCACUCUAAAGGUCCCUCUUCCCCCAGGAGAACUCUUCCUUACCUCAGUGAAACUGGUUCAGGUGUGCUGGUCCAGCUCAGUGUUUGUGUACUUAAGGCAUGUGUAGCGUUCUGAUUUCUCGUGUCCUGAAGUGGUGUGAGGUAGCCUGUGAGCUCGCAGGUCUUUGGUCUGAGCUGGCUCCGGGGGAAGCCCAGAUCCAAUAACACCACUAACACCGACAGUCCUGGAGGAACUAACAAGCCAUCCUCUUAUCGCAGAGAGAAAUGCUCACGCUUGCAGAAAUGGGCUACCCACACACACACACCCCUACCCAGAUUACUGUGCACCUACACAGACACACCUCUCCAGUUCACUGCACAUACACACAUAACCACCAACCUUCAAGAGCUCCACAGGGGUUAAAGUACCAGAUCGUUAUCUCUCUCUUCCACACAAAGCCUGAGACUUCCAUGCAGAUCACCAUGAGAGCUCUCUGGCCCUGUGUGCUGGCCUCUCAGCACUCCUGUCUGAAGGUUAGCCAUGCUGGUGGACAGCCCAGCGAUCCCAGGCUCGCUGUGCUGCACUGCUCUGGUGGCUCCAGGCUAGAUUUGUCUAAUUGGAGCUCUCAGCUCGGCAAGCAGCUUAUUUAGGCUGGUGUUGGGGAACUGGGUCAGAGAGGAGAGAGAAGAAAAUCUUUCUUUCUGUAUUGAGAUCCUUUCUUUUGUUGAGUCGAAACUACUGCAACUAUCUCGCUAUCUCGUGUGUGUGUGUGUGUGUGCACGUGCUUUCCUCAUGCCUGUCAGGCCUUGGCACGCCUUUGCAUCCUAGAUUUACCAUCUGCUUAAUGGAACAUUUUUAUCACCGUCAAUCAGAGCCUCCUCAGGCGAACACGCACAGAUAGCAAACGUUUUAUUUAAACUCGAAACUCGUAACCAGUAAUGAUAAGAACAUUAGUAAGCUUAUCACCCUGUUUCUGUUUUACCGCCUGAUGCAGAUUUACAACAAGAAAAGCAAUGCCAUCUUGAUGCGUAUAAAUCUAUGAACAGCCUCCCGCCACCACACACCCUCCCCCCUUUGCAGUUAUUCCUUUGUAAAUUGAGUGCGCUUUACCCUGCUUAAGAUGAGAAAUAAUCGUGUACUGUGCAGUAGAACCUUGGAUUAGAGCAAGAUAUCAGUGACUUGGAAAACACAGAACAGAGAUUCUUGAUUGUUCUGAUUCCACAUCAAAUCCCAUCCCAUUUUCUAGUAUUUUUCUUAUAUUUGUUAAGAUGUGAGAACAUUGUGAAGAUUGAUUUUAUGAUCUGGUUUCUCACAAGACGCUGAUGCUGCUAGCUGAUAUCAAAACCUACUGGAUGGUUUUUGUUCCUUUAUUGAAGGAUAUGGGAAAUGCGACAAAGCAAUCCUGGUAUUUUUUUGUCUAUAUAUCUAGAAGCAGGAUCAUGAUAAAAUAAUAAUAUGGCAACCCAGUAUAGAUCCCUUCAUGUACCAAAUGCCUUGACUUUACAAAAGCCAUUUUUAAAGAGACCAUAGUCUCAGACUCUGGUCCAAGAUGGAGUUUUGAGCCUUUCUUCUGUUUCCUGCUAUUUGCCUUAUUCUGUCCAAGUUCCUCUCAUAACAUUCCUCUUCAUAUUGAUCAUCUCAACCUGCAGAGAUAUUUGGUGUGGUGCCCAUGUUGGCAGCUAGAAAGAUCUCCUGGCAUAGCUGAUGAUAAGCGUACAAAGCUAAAGUCUCUGGUGCUAAACCUGGUAACCUACAUGAACACCUCGUUUGACCUCCUGUCCUGGUCAGUUGAAACACUGUGUGUUUUACAUGCUCCUGUGGCAUGGCUGCAGACUACUCCAGUCCUGGGAGACUAAAUACCUUUAGUGAUGUGGCAUUCGUGAUUUCAUCCGUCAGUGAAAUUGAUUAUUUAUACUGUUUGAAAAAGAGCCAUCGCUAAUGUGAAGUCCUGAAGCCUAAUAUCAGGCAUUGAUGUUCCAAAAACUACAGUUCAAUUCACCUGUCAGGGCACGCACCUCUGUAACGAGUCACGAGGUGCACUUCUACUGAGACUUGAAACUUUUGGAAGAGAAACUUCUCAGAUUCCUUCCCUGGUCUAGAGGGUUGUUAUCCUGUUUCCUCCACCCACAGCUUCGCCAAUUAAAAACCCUGAGCUAGUUUGAUAAGAGCUAAUUUGCUAAGAGCUGCAGUAGUUUACUAAGAGCUAGUUUGCUAAGAGCUAGUUUGCUAAGAGCUAGUUUGCUAAGAGCUAGUUUGCUAAGAGCUAGAUUGCUAAGAGCUAGUUUGCUAAGUUGCUAGCUCGGCUUCCUGUCUUGUGUUGCUUUCACUGUGUUCUGCUCUCGAGGCUAAACCUGUCUCUUCUUGCUGCUUUCACUAUUUCUAUCUAUCUCCUUUCUUUGUGUAGUUGCUAGAGAACGCCUGGUAGUGCUGUAGCUUUAAGGUGCCUGGCAUGCAUGUACAUAGGCUGUGGGACUGCAUGAUGAGGACUGGGCCUUCGCAGAACUGUCAAUCAUUAAGUUUGAAGUUGAACCUUUUGAAAGCUAAGGAUGGUCUACUUAUUAUCAAUGUUAUCAUUUAGUUGUAAGUGUUGAAGAUUCAGUGAUUACUGAACAGUAUCAUGAAAAAAGAGAGAUCAGAAUGUCUCAAGAAGCCAACUGGAGUUCUGCUCGUGGUUAAUGGUCUGGCUGAUGUGCCCAUCAUUUAGUAGGUCCAAUCCAUAAAUCUUGUCCCUCGAUUUUCUGUGACUUGAUAAUUUGUAUAUAUGUGUAGGACUGUAUAUGCAGUUUUUAUUUAAUUUAUUGGUUUAACUUUGAAUGCUUGGUUAUCUUUUGCCCCAUAACUCCCUGGAGACCCUGAGCAGUUCCUGGAGCUGUGAGGGAGCCGGUCAUGCAGACCUACUGGGCCGUGUGUGCUUACCUCUGAAAAAGGGACUUGGGUCUAAUGUGAUGGUGCUAGUGAGUGAUAUGUCCUUGCUCUCGUCUUGCUGUUUAUCAGUCCCUUUACCCACCUACAAGGGGCAGGGUCCGGUCACUGCACUAAGCCUAAUAAGCACAUUAAGCCUACCGUUACAGCAAAGCUAACAGGCUAACGUUAGAACCUGUAAUUGCAUGAUAUUUAAUUCCAGUUUCAAGCAUGUUCCUCUCCUUCAGGCUAACCGCCUGGAAAGGGAUGAGUCCUCUGUCUUCAGCCCCCACUGCCUCCACACACAAGCAGACAGGAUGGUGGACGUUGAUUACUGUUUGUCUAUGCUUCUGUUGUUAAUCUGUAAUCAGACUGUAUCGCCUUAGUUGGUAGAUGCUUGUCAUGUUUUCUCUAUUUACACAUGUUCUCGUCUGGUUCUAAUUCUAUGGCUGAAAAAACAUUCUGGGCUUACAUCUCAGCUGCUGUGGAAUGCGAGCUUCUGGAGGGUACAUACUCUCUAUCAGAGAGAACAGGCCUGCCCAGCGGGCACGGUCACCAGGGAGGCUUUAUAUGAGGCAUUGUGAGGUCAUGUGUGGUCGAGAACCUGAACUUUGACCCUCCUGCAACAGGGAAGGUAAUUACAGGGUUCAAAGGUCAAACAUGGCUUUUAUUGCACAGACUCCUCCCUCUAAUCACUGUAAAUAUGUACAAUUUAUUUUCUUUUUCUUACAAUGUGCAUGUGACCAAACCAUGUAACACACCUGACUGUAAAUACUGUAAGUACAAUUGUAUUUAAUAAAGCAUCAACGUUCUUUCAUGCAAAUAAAAACAAGUCAAAGUCCAAACAU